AUGGCUUCCUCUGAGCCACCUCAGUUCGUUAUCUCUGGAGCCCACCAACUCAACGAUGCCGGAAAGAGGAUCUUCGACAGCCUCAUUGCUGGGUGCUACUAUUCAACGACGACCGAAUCUCGAGAAAUUGAUGAUGUUAUCCGCGACAACUUCUGGAAGAGAGUCUUUGCUGGUGGCUGGGCCACCGACAAGCCCAAUAUUUUGGAGCCUAGGUCGAAUAUGAGCGGAGAAUUUCCUCUCCGCGUGGUCAAGCUCGUCAUCAUUGGCGACUUAUCAGAUACGAUAGAGUAUGACGAAACAAAAGCGACGUACUAG